AAUGGCUUUUAUGUCAAUGUGAAAUGUGACAUAACCUAAAAAUUCACAACGUUGUGCAAAGUAAACAGUGUUAUUUAUUAUUUCUUAAGACAAAAUGGGCAGGAAAAAUAAAGAAAAGCGAAAACCCAAAGAAAAGGAAGAUGGCCAAUCAGACCAAACCGCAGCAGAACAGAAAUUCAGUCAAAAUGAGGAUGAAGAAGAAAUGGAUGCACAAGCAGCGGAUCCUGAGCCGGAGGAAUUACCACACAAGCGAGAACAUGGUGACGACUACUCCGAUGUUGAAGACAAACCGAAAAGAAAGAAAAAGAAAAAACCAAUAGUACCUACUAAAAACACGGGACCCAAGAAAGGCCAACAUAAAGAAAAGCGAAAACACAAAAAAAAGGAAGCUGGCGAAUCAGACCAAACCGCAGUAGAACAGAAAUUGAGUCAAAUUGACGAUGAAGAAGACAUGGAUGCACAAGCAGCGUAUCCUGAGCCGGAGGAAUUACCGCACAAGCGAGAACAUGGUAUUGACUACUCCGAUGUUGAAGACAAACCGAAAAGAAAGAAAAAGAAAAACCCAAUAGUACCUACUGAAAACACAGGACCCCAGAAAGGCCAACAUAAAGAAAAUCGAAAACACAAAGAAAAGGAAGCUGGCGAAUCAGACCAAACCACACAAGAACAGAAAUUGAGUCAAAAUGAUGAUGAAGAAGAAAUGGAUACACAAGCAGCGGAUUCUGAGCUGGAGGUAUUACUGCACAAGCAAGAGCAUGCCGAUGACGAUUCUGACGUUGAAGAUAAACCAAAAAGAAAGAAAAAGAAAAAGCCAGUAGUGCCUACUGAAAACACGGGACCCAAGAAAGGCCAAAAGUCGAUCAGACAAAUGAAGAGAGAAAAACAUGCUGAACGCCAAGCCACUGCCCAUGCCGUGGCCAAGGACGAACACAAAAACGAGUGCCUUAAUUACCUGUCCCAAUGGAAACACAAUAGACAAAACUGGAAAUUUAUGAAAGCAAAACAAGUAUGGCUCUUCAAAAACAAGUUCUCAACUUUGUUAGUACCGGAUGCAUCAUGGCCCACACUAUUGGAAUACUUUGAUUCAGCACAAGGCAACAUUCGGAAACUGCUGCUAGAAGAUGCGAAUAAAAUAAUAAAGCAACUAGAUGACUGGACAGAAUCACAAAACAAGGAAAGUAGAGAUGAUGAAGAAACCGAGGAGACUAAAGCUGAAGCUGCCAAACCAGAUGAUAAUGUUUAUAAAAGAGCAAGGGACCUAAUACAAUGUUUACAAGAAUAAAACCUGUUU